AUGGAUCCAAAACCAGCAGAAAUAAUCCAAAUGUGUGUGGAACAGUUCGAUAAAGUUCUCGAACCAUACAACUGUGUCCAAGUAAUGGCAACAAUUCAAAGUUUAGAAGAAAAAGGAAUUGCAAAGUGUUCGAUGCCUUCAGCCCUUCCAGAAUAUAGACACAUUAUGAAUUUCACAUCUGGCUGCGAUUGGGCUGAAUUAACAUACCUCCAAUACGCUGUACCUCCCUUGAUGACGCUUUGCUUUUUCGGAAACAUGCUCAACGUUUUGAUCUACGGUCUCCCGUAUUUCGAAGGAUCCAGCUCUGUCCACUUUCUCCGUGCCAAAGCGAUUGCCAACAUGGUGUUCAUGUUUUCACGAAUUCUGGAGGUACUACAUGCAUCAAAUGCCCAACCACUCUCUUAUCUGGAACCCCUAUUCUGGAAAUCUCGUCCGUAUCUGAUGAUGGUUUCGAAUAUAAGUGGAACAAUGUCAACAUGGCUCACACUUAUGGUCACAAUGGAGACAGUCAUGUGCAUCAUGACACCAUUUAUUUUUAGAAAGUAUUGCACAAAAAAAAUGACAUGGAUUGUGCUAAUCUUGUCUGCAUUUGCUGCAACACUUCUUCAUCUUACAAUCGUGAUUGUGACAGAUGUUGAAGAAUUCACACAAGUCAAACAGUACAUUCAAAAUUUCAAAAAAGAAAAUGCUGCUUGUUGGUUCCUCCAAUCAGUUUUCCGUGCUCGAAACAAUCCGCAUUAUGAAAUCUAUCGAAGAUUUUAUGCGACUACAACGAUGGCAGUUUCCAUUGUGAUUCCAACAAUUGCAAUGCUAGUUUGCACACUUUUAAUUAUUAAGAAAUUCACUUUCAAGAAUCUCGGAGAAACAUUCUCUCAGCGAAGAAAAUGUGUGAUCCGGAUGACAGUUGCCACCACGUUAACUCAUCUCGUAUUCGAAGGACCAGCUACUCUGACCCAUUCAGCAAGUGCCAUACAGGGUGACAACUACAGCUACUUGAUGUGUCUCCUGAACCAUGGCAACAAUUUGGCGUCGCUUGUCAAUGCGACCAUCCCAUUCUUCGUUUUCCUUUUCUGUAACCAACAGUUCAGACAUAUGACUGUCAUGUAUAUUAAGGCUGUGAUACAAACGGAUCAAGUCAAACGAAAAUCAUAUUUCUCUCAAGCAGGAAUGCGUUGUGGUCGAAUGUCUCGAAUUGAAACGGAUCGAUCUAUGGCUGAGACUCGUCUCGUCUCGAGACCCUCUAAUGUUUAG